CAGUCCUUCAUGAAUGCAACUAUUAGAAGCUUAAGCUAAGAGGUUGGACAAGAGAGUGAUUGAGUGAAAUGGAUUCUUGGGUUAGAGUGCUACUUCUCGCAGCUUUUUGCAUUCUUCCAGUUUUGGUCGAGUGCAGAGUGAGGCACUGCAAUUUUCAUGUGGUGGCAAAGAAUACCACUAGAUUAUGUUCAAGCAAAUCCAUUGUCACCGUUAAUGGCCAGUUCCCGGGACCCACUCUCUACGCCAGGGAAGGUGACACAGUGCUGGUCAAAGUCCUCAAUAAAGUCAACCACAAUAUUACCAUCCACUGGCAUGGCAUCAGGCAAUUGCGUACCGGUUGGGCUGAUGGACCUGCAUAUGUGACACAGUGUCCAAUUCAACCAGGACAUAGCUAUGUGUACAACUUCACCAUUACUGGGCAAAGAGGAACACUUCUUUGGCAUGCACAUGUUAACUGGCUUAGGUCAACUGUUCAUGGUGCUAUAGUUAUCUUGCCAAAGAGAGGUGUACCUUAUCCUUUCCCCAAGCCAGAUAAUGAAUUGGUUUUGGUACUAGGAGAAUGGUGGAAAUCUGAUACUGAAGCUAUUAUCAAUGAAGCUCUCAAAUCAGGAUUGGCACCAAAUGUCUCAGAUGCUCACACCAUUAAUGGCCUUCCAGGGAGAGUGGCCAAUUGUUCAACACAGGGUGCUCACAAUCUGCCAGUGGAGAGUGGCAAGACCUACUUGCUGAGAAUCAUCAAUGCUGCACUCAAUGAGGAACUCUUCUUCAAAAUUGCAGGCCACAAGCUCACAGUGGUAGAAGUAGAUGCCACAUAUGUGAAGCCUUUCAAGAUUGAAACAAUUGUGAUAGCACCUGGCCAAACCACCAAUGUCCUUCUAACUGCUGACCAAAAAUCUGGGAAAUAUUUGGUAGCAGCUUCUCCUUACAUGGAUGCACCAAUUGCUGUGGACAAUUUAACUGCUACAGCCACAUUGCACUACACUGGCACUCUCAGCACCUCACCUACAGUUCUCACCCUACCACCUCCUCAAAAUGCUACCCAAAUUGCCAACAAAUUUGUCAACUCUCUUAAAGGCCUUAAUUCCAAGAAAUACCCUGUCAAAGUCCCAAUUAAAGUUGAUCAUUCACUUUUCUUCACUGUGGGGUUGGGGAUUAUUCCAUGCCCAUCUUGCAAAGCUGCAAAUGGGAGCAGAGUUGUUGCUUCUGUUAACAAUGUGACAUUUACUAUGCCAAGCACUGCUUUACUUCAGGCACAUUAUUUCAAAAUCAAUGGGGUGUUCACCACUGAUUUCCCAGCCAAACCACCCCAUGUGUUUAACUACACAGGUGCUGGACCUGCAAAUUUGAACACAACAAGUGGUACAAGGCUUUAUAGGCUACCGUUCAACGCGACUGUUCAGCUUGUUCUGCAAGAUACCGGGAUCGUCGCGCCAGAGAACCACCCGGUUCAUCUUCACGGAUUCAAUUUCUUUGUUGUUGGUAGAGGGGUAGGAAAUUUCAAUAGCACAACUGAUCCAAAGAAGUUUAACCUUGUUGAUCCUGUUGAGAGAAACACUGUUGGAGUACCAGCUGGAGGGUGGACUGCAAUUAGAUUCAGAGCAGAUAAUCCAGGAGUUUGGUUCAUGCACUGCCAUUUGGAGGUGCAUACAACAUGGGGGCUAAAGAUGGCAUUUUUGGUGGACAAUGGCAAAGGUUCUAAGCAAUCAUUGAUACCCCCUCCAAAAGAUCUUCCAAAAUGCUGAUAUUUCCAUGCCAAAAACUAAUCAUACAUUAUGAAAGAAUAGGACUUCCGAUUUGCAAAGGUUCUUUGGAGGAAUACAGAGAAGCCAGGCAAAAUAAGAGAGUGGGAAAGAAAUUAAAGGGAUAUUUAAUAAGAGAGUGCCCCAAUUGUUUUUUCUUUGAGCCAAAUGGGAGAAUUUGCUCAAGCAGGUUUAAUAAAAAUGGAGCGUGCAUGCAUUUUGGUUUUAUUCACAGAACAAGCACAAUUUUUAAAGAGAUAUCACUAUGUAUUGGUAGCUUGGAACCAACAAGUGUACGCUUUUGUUGUUUCAUGAAUAUAAAGAGGUUAUGUUAUGUGCUUCA